UCGAGUGCUGGGUAAAACUAUUCACACAUAUUUUGGUCAUUUUUUUACACAUUUAUGGGUAAAAAUUGCUGUUGGGUAAAUGUUAGGCUUCACCAAUGUUGGUGAGAAGUUGAGUCAUUAAAGUUUGGUAAUCUUUACCCAACAAAAGGGUACAUAGUGCUUGCUUUAAUCGUCAUUCUAGAUGUUGGGUAUAAAAUCAGCCAUAAGCCCACCAGUUGGUUACUUUGACAUGAUUGAGGGCGCUAAAUAACCAACAAUCUGACACAAAAUGCAUCGAGAAUGUCAUGUUCGCGCAUGCUACUGGAGAACUUGUGAGCAAUCAUGGCGGAGGUUAACACGCUUGAAUACAUUCUUCAUGAAUGGGAGCUCGACGAGCUGUUCAAAACAUUCACAGAUAAUGCAAUAGAUAUAGAAGCCUUGGAGCUGUUAAGAGAAGAGGACAUUACACCGCUAAUUCCAAAAGUUGGGUUGCGAGUUAAGUUCUUGGCAAAGUGGAAAAAGCAAUUUGGACCUCGGGUAACAGCAAUACCAAUUCAGCUACCAAGGGAUAUGCUUGACUUUGGACCGGAAACGGCUUCUUUUGAUUGUCAGUCAAUGCUGAGUUCCAGUUCGGACUUCAGUGAAGUUGCACCUGUGUUAGGCACACCAGUAACAGGGGAUGUUUCCAGUGCAGCCUCUUUGUCAGACUCGGACAGUUGGGCUUCUUUUCCAUUGUCACAGAUGUCACCCCCACCCAUGAAAAGACAAAAGAGACUUUUGUUUGAUACCAAGAAGAUUCUUAGUGAAUCUCCAGAAGGAAAGAGUGUCACUCGGAGCAUCGAGCAAUCUGGAUUCUUGACGAAAAAAGUCAGGCAUCAACUAGUCAGGAUAUUAGUGAGCUACUUGAUUUCCCAUCAUGGAAAAAACCCUGGUGCAUUUGAAAAGAGUGCUCUGGCUGAGAGUGUGAUUGCUGCAUUCCCAAGCCUGAAAGACCCUCAAGGAAUCACAGGAUAUGUAAGUAUUAAUGUUUGCCUUAUUGAAGGGCAACCCAUCCGAAUCAGAGAGGCUUGUACAAUUGAAUGGCCCUAG